CGCCGGGGUGCUGGGCCCUAGCUGAGGCCGGGGGAGGGCUUGGCGGCCGACCGUCCGCGGCAUGCACGCUGCCGGCGCCCCGCGCACGCCGCCCGGGCUGGGGCUGUGAGGGCCGCGGGUCCGGACUGAAGUUGCGGCGUCUGGCCGGGCGCUCCGCCGGCUUCCAUGGAGCUGGAGGGGCAAUGGUGGCGAGGACAGCUGGCUGCGGAUAUUCACCAGGCGCUUCGGUACAAGGAGCUGAAGCUGCCUUCUUACAAGGGCCAGUCCCCUCAGCUGAGUCUUAGGCGGUAUUUUGCUGAUUUGAUUGCCAUUGUGAGCAAUCGCUUCACACUCUGCCCUUCCGCCCGACAUCUUGCUGUCUAUUUGCUGGACCUGUUCAUGGAUCGAUAUGACAUCUCCAUUCAGCAGCUGCAUCUAGUUGCACUUUCCUGUCUGCUUCUAGCAAGUAAAUUUGAAGAAAAAGAAGACAGUGUGCCUAAGCUGGAGCAGCUCAAUAGCCUGGGCUGCAUGACCAACAUGAAUCUAGUGCUAACGAAGCAGAACCUGCUGCACAUGGAGCUGUUGCUGCUGGAGACCUUUCAGUGGAACCUCUGCCUUCCCACGGCCGCGCACUUCAUUGAGUAUUACCUCUCGGAAGCAGUCCAUGAGACAGAUCUUCAUGACGGCUGGCCAAUGGUUUGCUUGGAAAAGACUAAACUCUACAUGGCCAAAUAUGCAGAUUACUUUCUGGAAGUGUCUCUGCAAGAUUAUGCCUUUCUAAAUUAUGCACCUUCUUUAGUAGCUGCUGCAUGUGUGGCUUCCUCGAGGAUUAUCCUUCGUCUUUCUCCAACAUGGCCCACGAGACUGCAUCGUCUUACCGCUUACUCCUGGGAUUUCUUAGUACAGUGUAUUGAACGGCUAUUGGUUGCUCAUGAUAAUGAUGUGAAAGAAGCAAACAAACAGAGGGGACAGUCAGCUCCUCAGUCAGCGCAGCUGGGUGUGUUCCAGGCAGCACAGCCCUCACGGCCUGUUCACUUCCAGCAGCCUCAGUAUCUUCAUCAGACCUCCACGCAGUAUCGACAUCCUGUGUCAGAACAGCCAAGCCGUCAGCAGAUCGUGUCUACCACACACACCUCAUCGUAUACGCUACAGACUUGUCCUGCUGGCUUCCAAACUAGUGUUCAGGGCCUUGGGCACAUGCAGACUGGUGUUGGGAUGUCCCUGGCAAUACCAGUAGAAGUUAAACCCUGUCUCAGUGUUUCUUAUAACCGGAGUUACCAGAUAAAUGAACAUUUUCCAUGUAUUACCCCAUGCUUUGAGAGGUGAUGACAUACAUAUGCAGGUCAUAAGUGACUCAGACUAUUCUGAGACGGAUAGCUCUGGGGCAAGUCCUCUUCAGAAGCAAAGGAAUACAACUAGUAUCACAACACAACAGGCACCAGCACCAGAAGACUGAAUAUCCCUUUCAGUACCACGGAUACCUAGGAGGACUCAGCAGAUUUUGACUUGUGUCAAAUCCCUAUGUGAAAGAAAUGUCCCAGCUCUUGACUGAUGGUCCAAAUAUUUCAAAAUGCUCAAUCCAGCAGAAAAAUUGCCAUUCUAAGAUUUGACCUGUGGUGGACUCUGGGCCUUAUGCUGGCAUAUAUGUCAAAGACUUAGUAUUUAUCUGUGGACUUGCCAAACCAUCUUUUAUGAAGGAAAGUUACAGUAUUAAUUUUUGAAAAAUUGUUUUAAUUCUUGCAGCUCAGAGGUUUUUUUUGUUUGGUUGGUUGGUUUUCUUGACCUGCUGGUGGGUUUCUAAAUUCAAACUCACCAGUUGCUAAGUGUACUAAUCUGUGCAGUUAAAAAAAAAAAAAAUCCAGAUGAGUUUAUAUGACUUCCUAUCAUAAAUAUAGAAAUCUGGAUUUGUAUACUAAAAUGAGGGGCGAAGCAGAUACAUAUCUUGAAAUCAUGAUCGUAAUUUUUGUUUUGCUCUGCUCGUAUUUUCCCCUAAGUGGUCAGUCCCUACUGUUCAGGAUUAAGCACAUUUUAACUCAGGGAACUUGUAGUACUUGGAAACACUUAGCUGUAACCAACAUGCCUUGGACAUGAACGACCUUUGUAACAUAGGCUACAACGCUCCUGCUGGGAUGAGUCUAAGGUAGCGCAGGAAGAAUGAAUGGGUCCUGUGAUGCCUGUGCGUGGACGGGUUGUGCAUCAGCCAGUGCCAUCAGGGUUUAUGCUCAGAAUUACUGCUCUUCAGAACAGCUUUCAGGAGAAGGCAUUCUGUAAGAUAUUAGUGCUAGAGUAGAGUCGGUAGGAUUGUUCUGGAGCUGAGAGUGGCCAGGGUGGUACUCAGGUUGGGCCAACAGCACUUUGUUAUGGGCAGGGUGGUUCUAUAAGCAACCUUGGAAUCCAGCAAGUCAAGCUAAGCAAGCAGGGGUACCGACUCCAAAAUUUCAGUAGCCAUCUUCAUUAGAUUGGCUGUGCAACAGCCCUGGGACAAUUCAUUUUAUUGGUAGUGAGUGAAAACAGCAAUAAUAGUCAUAGCAAGGACAACCUGGCCAUAAAAUACUGGCAGGAGGUAGGGGAUAAACUUUAAAAAAAUAACUGAUAAACUCUACACAUUGUACUCUUAUCAUGGAAGAGGUGGAGGGAAACCGUAGCUUAAAGUUAGUAAGGUGUGUCUGUUUUUAUGAGCUAGCACUUGGAGAGAAGGGAAACUGGCUGCUGUGAGAGCACAGUGUGCAUUGACGAGGUCACCAUGAAGACGUGGGUGUGCAGCAGGAGUCUGGGGAAUCAGCCAGUGGCCUUUGUUUCGAAGGGAAGGGCUCCACAGCAUGAUGGAGGCAGCCUCGGUGGGUGGGUGCCAGCGGGGAUUCUUUAGAGAAAUGUUCUUUCCUUAAAAGGAAGCUAACUUUUAUAUUUAGGAUACAUAAGGCAUGGUGUGGACUUACUAGUCUGGUGAUGAAAACCACUCAGGUAGGAACACUCAUGGCAGUUUUCAAGCACGGGGACUGUUCUAUGAACGUAUCACUUUUCCUCUUUAAAAAGGCUGCUAAUUGGAUUUUAUAAUUCUUACCUUAAGAAAACUUGAAUUAUUAGGAGGAAGUAGGUUCAAAAGAUGAUAAUGUGUUUUCACAUUCACAGAUAGAGCCCAGAAACAUGGAGUCCAGUUUUCAGUAUUGUAACUACCUCAGUAAUGCUAUGAAUGUAAGAGAUUGGGAUAGAAAUCCUAACUUGAAACAACAGCCAGUGCCUGUGGUAACUUAAUGUCUUGUCAAAUGCUUUUAUUGAUUGGUUAUAUGUCAUUCUUGUUGUCCAAGAAUAUUUGUCUUUUUUAAAAGCUUAUUAACACUUUUUCCAGUUUAUAUUUAAAAAGCUAAAGAACACUGGAUUAAUCCUUUUGUGGGGUAGAGUCAAGUAAUUAAUGACUAUUGCUGCAUACCUGGAUGGGGAGGCUGGAGAAUCAUGACUAUUUUUAAAAACAAUAGGAUUCAAUAUAAAUGCAACUCAACAACAGUUAGCUUGGGGGGGAGGGGCUGUGCGGGUUUUGUUUUAAUUUAUUAAUUAGUUUUAAAAGUUUUUUCUGUUUUGAGAUUACUGGACCAUCAUUAAGUGUGUACUGUGAAAAGAUUAAUCAUGUGUAAAGGACUUAACCAGAGUCCAUUAAAUAAACACUAUUCAAGUACAAAAUACAAACCAAAAUAUCUGUGCUAUGACUAACUACAAACUGAGUAUGGUGCUCAGUCUACACAGCAGGACCACAUGAGUGCUAUGCACUUGAUUUUAAAAUAAAAGUAGU